AAAAUUCCCAUCGAUUUAUCGCACUCCAUCGGUUCCAUCGAUAAUAUCGAUGGUGCCAUCGAUUUUGACCAGCUCUACUUGCGGGGUAGCCGGUAACGGUAACGGAAAUUCUCGCCAAGGAUAAACCGUAUUGCUAGCCAGGUUUUUGUUUUGUUUGUUUGUUUGUUUUUGUCGUCGUCGCGCGCGGAAUCGUGUUGUGGCAUCAAAACUAAAAGAAAACUGAAACCAAAAAAUCACUUAAUUUCAAAAUACAGAAAAGACUGCAAAUUGCCUUAGAGAAUUAGGAAGAGGAAGAGAAGAAGAAGCCACAGACAAAGACAAAGGCGUAGAAGAGCAUAAUCAACAGAGAAAAGAAAGAACAAGAGUGAGAGUGAUAGGAGAUAUCUCGCUCUCCCACUCAGUCAACCACAAUUUUUUGGUUUUUAUUAUUUAUUCGUUUGCUGUCAAACACCACCUCUCCUCUCCAGUCCUCCCCCCCCCCGUCACAUAAUGAGCUCCUUUAUUGAACUGAUGGGACUUCUUGUGCUGCUCAUGCUGCCCUUUCUCUAUGAGACGAAUCACAUAUUUCGCUACUAUUUCAAAUUUCUCAUUUACUAUGGCAUCGUGUCUUUCAACUCGAUCAUAUUGAUACCGGCUUUUCUCGUCAGGCCCUGCGAUGUGCGCAAUCUGCUCUGGGCCAGCACUUGGUGUCAUCGUAUAUCCACACUGAUCGGUCUAAGAUGGGAGCUGCGGGGCAAGGAACAUUUGUCCAAAGAUCAGGCUUGCAUUAUAGUGGCCAAUCAUCAAAGUUCUUUGGAUGUUUUGGGCAUGUUUGACAUCUGGCAUGUGAUGAACAAAUGCACUGUGGUGGCCAAAAGAGAACUCUUCUAUGCCUGGCCCUUUGGCCUGGCUGCCUGGUUGGCCGGCCUCAUCUUCAUUGAUCGCGUGCGUGGAGAGAAGGCUCGUGAUACUCUCAACGAUGUGAAUCGUCGCAUUAAGAAGCAGCGCAUUAAAUUAUGGGUCUUCCCCGAGGGGACACGUCGAAACACUGGGGAACUGCAUCCCUUCAAGAAGGGAGCCUUCCACAUGGCCAUCGAUCAGCAGAUACCCAUAUUACCGGUCGUCUUCAGCUCCUAUUGUACAUUUCUCAAUGAUAAGAAGAAAAUUCUGAAUGCUGGACGCAUUGUGAUAACCACACUGCCUCCGGUAAGCACUGAGGGCCUAACCAAAGAUGACAUCGAAAUCCUAAUGGAGCGCAUACGCUUACAAAUGACUGAGACCUUCAAGUUAACCUCGGCAGAGACCCUGCAACGCUAUAAACCACACAAGCCGUCAUCGCCAAUGGCAGCGGCGGCGGCGGUGAAUGGAGCAGAGGCUGCCGCUGUGGCAGCAGCUGCAGCCGUGGCCAGCAGCAGCUCUGGCUAUGCGCCACUUCAUGUGGGUGUUGGCGCUGCGGCGGCAUCGGCUGCCUCCUCCUCAUACGAAACGUACAAGAGCAGUGCCGGCAAGGCGAGCAACAUGUUGAAGACACUGUAGGUGUGGUGAUCCAUCCAGCCAGCCAGCAGACAACCUCGCCAGCUUUUGAUCUUCACCUUAACUUUUAGUUUACACACCCAAAUACACACACACACACACAUUAAGUAUUAGUAGCAGCAAAAACCAAAUUGCGACUAUCGACUGUCAGACUAUUUCCCUCUUAGGCAAAUAAAACUAAGCACUAUGCAGCAGCAGUUCCAGUUAAAAUCAAUAAAAAGGGGUGAGAAAAAUAAGAAAGAAAGUAUUAAAUACUUAAUAUAUAACUUAUUAGAUCUGCAUAUGAUUAAAAGACUUUAAGAUUAUUGUCGACUUGAUUUGCUUCCCCCAGAUUAAUUUUCAUCUAAUUUUAUUCAAAAUACAAAAUAGGAAUUGAUUAAGAACAAAUAUG